AUGCUGCAACACCCUCCCUCAUCUCGACCCAGCCGUUUUGUUUCUGAUCAUUCACCCUCUGUGAAUUGUUCCAAUAACAACAUCAAUACAGAUCUCGCUUCCCAACAACAUUCACAAAUGAAAUUGAUCAAGAAAAGGCUUUCAUCGUCCAACCUAGCUCUUCCUACAAUGACAAAUUUACUUACCGAUAACCUAACGGACAAUAUGAUUCAGUCUCCGAUAAAUACGGACACAGUAAUCACAGCGAUUUCAUCAUCAUCUCCUCUCCCUCCAUCAACAAAAGACAAGUUAAAGGUGGUGAAACCCACUGCCAAAAUUAUGCAAUCAAGAAUUUAUUUUCAUCAGAACGCUGAAUUAUUAUUCUUGAAUUUCGAAGAUUUUUAUCUCGAAACAAAAGAAGAUGUGGACCUUGUGAUUAAAUUCAUUGAAUUAACCUUCCUAAACUACAUCACCGAUGAGGAGUUACAACGAGGAAAUUCAUCACCAACAAUGUCCAUACCCCGAAGAAAUAGUUUCGGCAAGUCUUCAAACCCAAAGAAAAACGUUGACGUUUAUGUAAAUUAUGAUAGAUUUUAUUGCCAUGAAUCUCUGUUGAAAUAUUACACCGAGAAAAUAUCGUACUUGGAAAUGAAUUACUAUAGAUCUGUGAAACGGUUCACCACAGAGUCCAUUGAAGACAAGCAUUUGAUGAAGCUAGAAAGAACAUUACGUGAACUAAAGGAAGAAGAAGGAGUUGUUCGAGAUGCAGUUAUAAAGAAUUUUGAAAUUCUUGGUGACCGAUACAUUAUUUCCGAGAAUUUGAUUGCCCGAGGUACUUUCGGUAGAGUUUUUUUGGGAAGUAACAAGGACACGGGAGAGUUCGUUGCAAUUAAAGAGCUCAAGCGAAAGAAUAUUGAUAAUGUGGAACGUCUUAAAGAAUUUAUCGAUCGUGAAAUGUCAAUUUGUAAAUUGUUGUCUGACUCUCUCAAGAACGGUGAUGAACAUAUUGGGAAGAAGUAUAUUUGUAAAUUCUAUGAUGUAAUUUAUACAGAGACAAAUUAUUAUAUUGUAAUGGAAUACAUGGCUAAUGGAUCAUUAGAGAAUCCGUUAGAAGAGCGAGAAAUGUUUCCUUCAACCGUUGUAAAGAAAUUUUUUAAACAGAUAGCACAUGCCAUCCAUUAUAUUCACAACACAUUAGGAAUCUGUCAUAGGGAUAUUCAAUUGGCAAACCUGUGCUUGGGUCAAGACCAGGAUAUCAGAUUGAUUGAUUUUGGAUUAAGCGAUUUCUUCAUGCCCAAUAUAAAGAAACAUUCUUCAUUUUGUGGAAAUAAGGAUUAUGCCUCCCCUGAGAUGAUUUUGUCAGAUAGAUACGUGGGAAAUGAGGUCGACUGUUAUGCUCUUGGAGUGUUGUUGUACAAAAUGCUUGUCGGAUAUUAUCCAUUCCGUAACACCAUUGACAAGAUUUUAGGCCAAUUUUACAUUCCGUUAGAUGAGCUUGAGAGAGAGGGAGUGUUGAAUUCUCAAAGCAUUUCUCUCAUUAAGGGUUUGUUGGAGAAGGACGUGACAAAACGGUUCACAGCAAGUGAUAUUCUAAAUCAUGAAUGGUUACAAGAUUCCAGAGUGUAA